AUGGCGGCGGGACGCCAAACCAGCUUUGCCUGUGUGGAACCGCUCCACUGGAGUGUCGAUUGGGACAGUCGAUUCGAUCCUCGUGGCUUCCGCGACCGUAACACAGUAACAGGAGGCAAGCUACACAUCUUUCUCUCGACCGAUCGACAACACAACGGUGGCGCAGCGGACAAUUUCUUCCGGAGACCAGACAUGAGGAAACAGACCAAUGGCAUGACAGCAUUUCAGCACACGCUAGUCGGGGACGCGCGCAUCGUGCUGACGACGCUCAUCAGCGAGAAAUUGCUGUCGCCCGGCCCCAAGAAACUCUACGUGUCCUACUACCGCAAGCGCGUGUACGCCGACCUGCUGCCCGACGGCUCUAUCCGCUUCAAGGACCAGGUCUACACGUCGCCUGUGCCCUGUGCGCUGCACAUGAAGCGUACACUCAACCCCUCUCUCAAGACGGACGCAGGCUGGUCGUCCAUGUACUCCGCGGCCUCUGGGGAGAGCCUCAAGGACAUCAAAGACCGCCUUAACAUCCGUAAACGAGGCACAAACGCUCGCUCCGUCCAGAAGGAGAAGAAAGCGCCCACGCCUUCACCCACAGCCAAAGAGCGCGUGGCGGCUCAGACAGCAGCUCAAGCCAAGCAAGAGGCUGCUCAGAAGUGCGCAGCCUGUCGGAGAGAAGCCACGACGACGGACGUGGCGGAAUGCAGCGCAUGCCACAGCAAGACGCACUUUGAGUGCGCCACACCAGCACUGCAGAACACGCCAGCAGCGCCGUGGUUCUGCGACAAGUGUCUGACUGGACAAGCUAACAGGAUCCUCGAGUUCCUCCAGCAAACGAGACGAGUGCUUGUCGAGAGGAUCGCAGAGCGCCAUACUCAAGCAAAGCCGAUUGAGAGCGAGGAUGUCACUGUGGAGGGCGAGGAGGACGCUGGUAGCGAGGAGAAGGGAACCUCUAAUGAGGAAUUAAAGGACGAGGACGACGCUGGAGCUGCAGAGGGUUCGGCUGUUGAGUCGGUAUCGGUAUCAGUGGACUCAAACAAGUCGAAGGACGCGACAAACGCUGGUAGUGAAGUAGCAAGUGAAGCCCCAGUGGACGAGGCUGCAGCUACUUCAGAAGAGCAGAACGAGACGACGUCAACGUCUGGUGAUUCUCUGAAAGAGGCGAAGCCGGAGGCUGACGAUGCAGCAAAUGAGGAAGAGCAAGGCGACAUGGACGUGGAAGACGAGGCGCCGCUUGAGGUUGCCAAGGCUGCCAACGCCACUAGUGCCGAAGAGAAGUUCCUCGUGCUGAUUGACAGCCUCAUCACGGAAGUGUCGUCGAAAGCAGAGCGUGCCAGUCUGAUUGCCAACAGUACCGGUGCGACUCUAGUGCAUCUAGAGAAAACACAGCUCGUCCAGCUGGUCGAGUAUGGCAAACGGGAGAUUCUGGCAGCGACUCGGUCUGAAGAUGACGACGACGAGAAGGAGGACGCAGAUCACGAGGGUGGUACCAACUCGGAGGUGGACGCGCUCAUCAAGAUCUACGACCUGCGUCACCAGAUUCUGUCGUCUCAGUCGCAGUUUGAACGGACCACGCACGCCCUGGCCAAGCGCACAGAAAAGAAUUUGCGAAGCGCUGAGACGGAGCUCAUGGAACUGGAGGAGGUACGCGCGGCGGAGGCCAGCGUGGUUUCUAAAGUGGUGGACCUGAUCGACCAGUACUCGAGCGACUUGACGUGUUGCGAGCAAAAUAUCCACUUGAACGAAGCGCUGCUGGCGAGUAUCACGCACCGGCGCAACUUCAUUCGAUCCGCCAAUAUCAACGACCGGUUCGCGCCGUCAUAUCGCUACAGUACGACCCUCAUGGCCUCGAGUAGUGACCAGCUGCUCGUCACUGUGUUGCUGGACAAGCUCCGUGACAUCACCGAGUCUGUGAACGAGUGGACCAAGAUGGAGCGCCAUUUCGAGCAGAAGACGGCCAGUCUCCACAAGUCGUUGACGCUGAUCGGCACCAAGCGGAAGCGCGCGCAGGCACUACCGCCCACGCCCGCGUUGUUUGCCAAGGUACAGAUUCCUCCGUCGCGACGUCUCAUUGAGCGCCAGAUCGCCAACUAUGAGCUGAACAUGAGCGCUAUUCGUCGGAACCGUGCACGUAUGCGCAAGACGCUGUCUGGCAUUCUGAAGAUCGCCCGGGAAGAGCAUCUCAGCGACGAGAUCGUCCACAUGACAGACUUGUUGUAUCAAAAGUGCCGUGAUCUGAAGGCGGAACAAGAGGAGGAAGAGCUGCGCAUCAAGGAGGAAGCUGAGGCUGCAGAGAAGGCGCAUCUAGAAGAGGAAGAGCGGGCAGCACCUGACCUCCUGAGUACCGACGACGGCGAGGCGAGUGCAGAGGAACCCGAAGCCAAGAAGCAGCGUGUAAAUGCGGCCGCUAGCGCAGCUGUCCCGCCGCCGAAAGCUGCUGCGUCCAGUGACAGGAAAGACAUCUCGUCGCUGCUUGGGAGCGAGGAUUCGGACGCCAAAGAGUCCACCUACAGCUCUGUUGAGAGCAAGUCGCGCGCAGACAGCGAAGCGGACCUGGAACAAGCCUCGCGCGCCAUCGCGGACAUUUCGUCCGUGCUGCCGGACAUUUCAGGAGCCAGCGGCCCGCGGGUGGACCUUGUCAACUCGCCGCCACUUGGUGGGAAGCCUGCAGCGGAUGCAUCGCCUGGCCAGUUCUCGAUUCGCGGAGGCAAAGCUGGAGGCGCGAAGCGCGGAAGCCAAGAUCAGCAAUCGUUCCUGGACCAGGCACUCGAGGUCCUGAACAAGCAGCAACAGCAACAACGCAUUGGAGAGCAACAACGCGUCGAAGAGCAACGGCGCUUAGAGCAACAACGCAUCGAAGAGCAACGGCGCUUAGAACAACAACGCCUUGGAGAGCAACAGCGCUUUGAGCAAAAACGUCUUGAAGAGCAGCGUCGCUUGGAAGAGCAACGUCGCUUGGAGCAGCAGCGAGAGCAAGAGCGUCGUGAACAGCAGCGCCUGGAGCAGCAACGUAUGAAGAGGCAACGUCGCUUAGAGCAACAUCGCCUUGAUGAGCAACGGCGUUUAGAGAAACAACGCAUUGAAGAGCAACGGCGCUUAGAGCAGCAACGUCUCGAAGAGCAACGCCGCUUAGAAGAGCAGCGUCGAUUGGAGCAACAGCGGCUAGAACAGCAGCGGCUAGAGCAGGAAAAGCAGCGCCAGGAGCAGCAGAGACUGGAGCUUGAGCAGCAGCGGAAGGAGAAGCAGCGACAGGAGCAGCUGCGACGACAGCAGGAGCAACAGCGACUGGAACUCCAGCACCGACAGCAAGAGCAGCAGCGCCAAGAGCAGGAGCGGCAGUUCCAACGCAGCAAGGCGACAACGCUGCCUCAAGUCGUGUCGUCUGGGGCGUCUCACUUGCAGAUGCUGAGCCAGCAGCAGCAACUCCAACAACAGCAAGCGACACUUCAACAGCAACAACAACACUCGCGUCAGAUGCAGCACCCUCUCUACGGGGAUAUGCCCAAGGGAAUGCUGAGCUUGGGCACAGGCCAGCAAGAUAUGUACGCGCAGCAGGCGGCGCAGAUGGGGAUGGAUAUUCACGACGUGGUGCGACACCAGGACUCGAGUCACUUUGCCCAGGGAGGCAUUCAAAGAGCCCCGUACGAAGUCCCACGCAGCGCAGCGCAGCAGCCGGGACCGACUGCCCCACGGACGAGCUUCUAUGGCGACGAAGGGCAGAUGCACUCGCAGGACGUGUUUGGGUCCCAGGGUCUGCCUGGCCAGCAGCGGCCACUGUCCGAGCACCACAUGUUCGCGAACGAGUUGCAGCAACACGCAGAUCAGUCAAGAAGUCAGGAAUUUCUCAUGGGCAGGUCCUACCGCGGACACGGAAUGGACCAGUCCGACAACAACGACGUCAACAUGGACGACUGGGGCCAGUAA